GCUGGGGACGGCGGGGUCUCAGCUUGGACCGGCGAGGGGGGAUUCCGCCUGCCGUCAGGUCUGAAGAAGGCUGGAUCUUCUCAGUCCUGCAGCCGGCGGUUUAAGGAAAUGUAACAUGCGGUAGCGAGCGAGCUGUCUUGUUGGAUAUUUUGGAACACGGUAAUGUCUCAAGCCCGAAGUGCUGCUGUACAGCUGUGACUGCUUGGUUUUCACCACGCUUUGGACGUUGGAGCUGAUGAGCUCCAGUGGUGAACGGCAUCCAGUUUACACGUGGAAACAAAUGCACAGGUUGAAUAAUCACCUCUUCAGAACUCGUGUUGCUUACUUUUGUUUCUAAUCUGAUGCUUAGCUGGGAGGCUCCUGAGAGUUUCUCAGUAUUUGCUUUACACCAUCAACAAAAGUUAAGUGUCAUCACUGCUGCUAUGUCCUGGGUACAAGUCGUAGCCAGUCGAUCCAAUGAGGAUAUAUUUGAUGAAGAUGCAGACGAGAUGUAUCCAGUACAGAAAGAAUGGAAUAGCACCAUGGAAAAGAGAUUGAAGGAGGGCUAUAGAGAUGGUGUUGAGGCUGGGAAGGAACUUGCACUCCAAGAAGGCUUCAAUCAAGGUUAUAGACAAGGUGCUGAGCUGAUGGCUACAUGUGGCCAAUUCAGAGGGACCCUGAAUGCUCUCUUAUCCUGGUGUCAUCUUAACGGACAUGAUUCUGCUUUAAGAAAGAUAAAUAACCUUCUAGAGGUUGUUGGAAAGCAUGAAGAAGACCUACUUAACUCUCUGACUUCUAUUCAACUACAACCAAACGUUGGAGACAUUUUAGAUUCUGUCCAGGACAUGGACCUUAGUCAUACAGCUCCAGCUGGAACAGAGUGCAGUGAAGUUAAUGCUGAAAAAUAUGAACAUGUUGGCGGAUGUGGUGAAAACUGUUGUAGAAAUAAUGGUGAGAAUGGUUCCUUGUGGUCUGACUGCAGCAGGGAGAAACUCUUUACAGAUCCUGACAAGUCAACUCUUGCUUGGGUUAAAAAGCAAACUGUUGGGUUGGUAGAACAACUGGGCUUAUCACUGGAUGUACUCCAUCACAUCCAGCAACUGGAACAUUAGUUCUUCUGCCUCAUGCUAUUUCAAGUUAUCUCAGCUGGAUUGGAUUCGCACUCUGUGGGUCCAGGCUUCACUUUAGGGAAGUUUGAUCUUAUACUUCCAAGCAGAGGUUGUAAGUGUUACCAUGCUUUGUUUCUUGGCCCAAAGACAGCUGGUUGCAGUCAGAAAUGUAUCUUCCACAGAAAAGGGAAGUGAUGUGUAAAGCUCUGCAGUGAUUUACUAUCAUGUCUCUCAUCUACGUCAAAAUCUGUCCUGUCACCUCAUUUUAUCUAUUGGUAUUUGAAAACAGAUCAGGACCUCAAGCAACAUCUUCUACUAUACAAAUAAAUAAAACAAACAAACAAAAAAAACCAACCAACUGACCAGUGCUGUGGACAAGCUAGUCUUGCAAAAUGGUCUGCUGUUGAUUACAUGCUAACCAAACAAAACAGGCUCUGCUAAUUUCCAGUGUGCCAGGAGUUUCCUUUGUUACUGUAUUUAAAAAAAAAAAAGUUCAUCUUUUGCCAGAUUUCUUCUCUCACCUUUUAUAAUCAUUGUGCAGUGCACUUUCACAGUGUUUUUUUUUCCCCCUCUUCUUACAGUUCUAUUUAUUUUGCUUUUGCUGAAAGCACACCACUCUUUUCAAACGUCAAACUUGCGUUGCUGUUCUAACAGAAAACUGGCUACUCUUACCCUUUCAAACCACAUCACACAUUUCUAGUCUAAUGAAUGCCCUUGCGUUAGUUUUGUAUUUAUUUGCUAGUCCCUUAAUCUUGAACUCUCUCUUGUUUACAGUUUACUUCUCCAGCUCUAGCAGGAAGCCAGGUUUAUUCACCAUCUCUUGAAAACGUGGUUAGCCAAACACGUAUCUAACAACUUAGUAUUUCUGUUCCAACAUUCUGUAUUUGAUUUCUUUUCCUUUUGUUUGCUGUAAGGAUAGGAGGCAGCAAAUACAGUUGCUUUAAACCAGUUUUGGAUCACCCAAAAAAGGUAGCAGUAAUAAAAAAGGAACCCCUUACCUUUUUCUGAGGCUCAGGGCUCACCAAGCAUCCCAAAGGGUGAUGUCCAGAUAGUGAUGCUUCCCUUGGAGCUGCCAGCCCUUAAAGAAAGUUAGGUAGGGCUGGACCUUUAUGAUCAACCCCUUCCAGUCACUCAGAGGAAUUGCUUCCAGCUGUGCUCCCAGGGCUGGCUACACCCCUUCACCAUGACCUAAUGGUUCCUAUAGAAAUGCCUAAACUGUAGCUACAAAUUCCUCUGGUUAGAUACUCACAAAGAAAAGAUUUCUUCUCUCUGUUUUAUAGUAAUUAAUCACUAAGUCAAGAGUUUGUGUACUUUAUUUUGCUUUUAAAUUUCUUCUACAAAGUAGGUCUACACAGAGAAAACUUAAGUUUUAAACAACUGACUUAAUUACAACAACAACAACAAAGGCACAGAGUGGUUUUACACUUUGAAGCCACAACCAAGAAGCAAGAAUUAAGAACUGAUUGUUUGGAAAAAAUAAUGUGAAUUUUUUAAUAAAAGCUAUUAUCCUGCCA